GACAUCUUGGUAUUAUAGUACGAAAUACUAACAUGUGUCCGGUCAAAGUGCACAAAUGGGCAGAUAUUGGAGACAAAGAAAAAGAACACAUGUGGGCAGCAGUCACGGAUUCCUUUACUAAUGAAAAUAUGGAGGCCUACAAGGAGCAUGUUUUGGACCAUAUGAAGGAGUUGUGGAGAAAAUGGAGGUCAGACUUGUUAAGGUAUAAAAUCAUUCAUAAGAAACUCACCUUAAAAGCUGCAUACAACGCUUCUCCACCUGAUGGGCUUAAUAAGAGUGAGUGGCAGUGGCUUAUUAAGGAGAUUUUUUCAAAGCGAGAAUUUAAGGAAAGAAGUGCCAGGAACUCUAAUAAUCGGGCUCAGUAUCUUAAAGAGUUAAUGCCUCGAACUGGGAGCAAGCCUUUUAGGCAAGUCAUUUGGGAUGAUUUGGGAGGAAAUAAUGGGAAGAAGCCGAAUUUGGUUGAUGUAUUCUACUCCACUCGAAAGAAAGGAACUCAGCUUCCAAAUGCGGAGACAACGCAAAAAUAUGAAGAACUUCGGGAAACAAUGGCAAAGGAUCCAUCACUUUCUCAAGUCGAGGUAGUACAACAAGUUUUUAAAUCAAAAUCUCGAGAUCGGGUUGUAGGUUUUGGAGGAGGAAUAAAGCUUAAAGAUGUAAGGGGACCACAACCCAGUAGAGUAGAGCUUCAAACUAAAUUGAAUGCUGCCAACAAACAUAAUGAAGUUCUUGCAAAUCGCGUGGAGGAAGUACAAGCCGAGAACAAUGAAAUGAAGGAACGUGUUAGCUUGGUUGAGUCUAGAAUGAAAAUGUUUCAAGAUGCAUUGGUGUCGCAACUUAAUGUUACUAUUCCAACUUCACAAGCAGGAUCAGAAAUGCAAGAAUAGGUCGAAGCUGCUACACAUCAGUUUUAGAUAUUUGGUGCAAAUUUUCUUACUUUUUUUAAGAACAAGGAAUCAUUGAGAUUUAAUUCUUAGUAUGGACCAAGUUAUAUAUUUGACGUUAUUAGUUUGUUUUGACUCACAUUGAAUUUGUUUAUUAUAAAUCUUUUGUAAUUGAUUACGUUAAUUAAUAUAAAUUUAGUGUAAUAUUCUAUA